AUGCCCCUGCUAUCUUCAGAAGCCCUCAAAGAAACCCGCAAAGAAUGUCCCGCUAGAGACACCCAAGUUGCGCUAUUGUCGUCGCUGCUGGCAGCUGGCCCAUCUGCUGUGUUGAUCCAUGGGGCCCCAGCAACUGGUAAGACUCGUGUUUUACAAAAGCUUUUAGAAAAUGCUGCCCAGCAGCCAAUAAGUCAAGACUCAUCAUCUCAAGACCCAGUAAGCAAUCACCUGGGAAUGCCUACCGAUUAUGUAUGGGUUGAAUGUGAUCAAUGCAAUACAGCCCGUAUUAUGUUGCAACGUGCACUUCGUGGAAUUAAGCGGGUUCUGAAAAUAGGAGUUAAUGACGAACUUGGAACAGACUCCGUAGCUGCCGACAACGACGCUGACUACGUUCUUCCAUCCACAAUUGUCCACGGGAAUACAAACUUUGAUGUUGUCACAGAAAAUAUUUCAGCAUACUUCUUAAUGCUUCAAAUGUACUUGGCUCGCGCACAUUACUCGGGUCGCAGACUCGUGCUGGUUCUUGACAGAAUCGACCAGAUCCCAGAUAACCCCUCCGAUAUUAUUUCCUGUCUUGCACGCACCCGGGAGCUGGCACCUGGAGCCUCCGCAGUAACAACCUUAUUUGUAACAUCUACAUUGGAGCCACGCGCUUUACUCAUGUCGCAUGUACCGCAUGUACGGUUUUCUCAAUACUCGCGCGAAGACACAAUUCGCAUUCUGUGUGCCUGGGGCGACGAGAUGCGCGCAACUCAUGAGCGCCUGACUGCCAUCAAAACUGAACCUGGAGUCGUUACUGUUAUGGAGAACCAAAACUCUCCACAACGCGAGCUUGAAAACUUGCUCCGUAACAAUCACAUUUGCCGGCUCCCAGACCAUGUCCUGGACCCUGAUAAAAAGGCAUACCAGCAGACCAUGUUCUGGGACCGUUACGCAAGUCUUGUCGUUAGUGCUCUAGCUUCAUACACAGGGUCCGAUAUUCGUGCACUUAAAGAACUUGCGCGCCGAUUAUGGCCUGCAUUUAUUGCACCGCUAGUUGCCGGCCGGUGUUCUGUCACUGAAAUUCACGCGCUCUGGCGAGAAUCCAAACACCUCUUUGAAUCAGAAGCUGCCGUAUCAGAUACCCUGAUCUACCGGUCGCUUAUACCAGCCCAACAAACUCCUCAAGAUAUUGAUCCAGCAUUGACAGUAACCCAACUAUCUACUGAUACCAUUUCUGCAGCCGUGAUGAAUGCCACCACAAACACGACUCUUGCAACAUCGUCAUCAACACUUGAGGAAACCACUCCAUCACCUGUCCCUUCCUUCCAGUUUCCCACAUCAUCAUCAUCAUCAUCAUCAUCACCACCAUCGUCGUCAUCUCACGUUUCUGCCACCCGUUCAAGUCGGCGGCGCUCAGUUCUUCCGUUGAAACCCGCUGCUAAUGACACAAACGAUUUACCUUUGCAAUCCAAGUACAUUCUGUGUGCUGCAUAUCUGGCUUCAUAUAACCCGCCACGGUUUGAUAUUCGUUUUUUUUCACGUGCAAAGGAAGCACGCGCCAAACGCAGAGACACGGGCCGCCGGAAGGCGCUCAAGAUUAAUCCGAGGCUGCUGGCUGCCCCAGCGUUUGAUCUCGAGCGUAUGCUGGCGAUUCUACAUGCUGUUGCUCCCAAUGGUGGUGAGGGUGAGGGUGAGGGUGAGGGAACUCUUGAUGAAUCUGAGAAUGAAGGAGAAGGUCCUUAUUCAGAUCGCCGUGGAGGAUUCCCCUCUAAUAUUGAUUUGGGUGUUCAGAUUGCUACGUUAACAACAUUGCGAUUGCUUAUUUGUCUCAACCCAGCAGAUCCAUUGGAUUCCAAAACACGCUGGAAAAUUAAUGCAAACUGGGUUAUCAUUAAGCGUGCAGCUGAUGAGAUUGGAUUGGCUAUAGAACAUUAUUUGAUAGAGUAA